AUGAUCUCUGAGCUCAAUGAACCAGAUGGCCUUGACAGCAGCUUCCCUAGCAACCAAGACUUUGGGGAACUUGCUGGGGAGAUAAUGAGUGUUGUGACUGGCCACAGUGGUAGUGCUGUAGAGUUUGAGGAAGAGCACGAGGAAGAGGAGAUGAGUGAAGACUUUGACUUCAAUGUGAUAGUGGCAACUGUGGAUGAGGAACAGUGGUCAAUCAGUGGUGAAAUGGACAAUGACAUGCAAAUGCCAUGGAAGCAAUCAUACCCAACCAUACAGUGUUCAUCUGCUGAACAAGCACUGCCUGUCAAAGCUGUAGGCAAGAGCAAGAACAAGAACAAGGGGAAGGGCAAGGCCGUACCAAAGCCAGCAAGUUCUGAGCAGUAUGAUCCAGACACAUGUGAGAAAUUAGGCUGGUUUCCAGGACUUGUCAAACUGCAAUAUCAGUUAGAUUGCAAGGCAAAGACAGCAUUCACUUCCCUACAAUCAGAUGAAGAACUUGAAUUUUUCAUAGAGACAAUGAGAUCACUGAUCAUCCCUCCAUGCCUUGCCAAUGGAAAGAUGUCAACUUGGCCAAUGAAGCCAAUCACUGUCUACUUUGAUGAUGCAGCCUCAGAUGAUGAUUCAGUGGUUCCAACAUCCACUGGAAAUCAUAGCAAAGUGGGCAUGAGAAGCUCAGGGUCUCAGGCUGCAUUGCCAUCCAGACAGAAGCCUCCAAGCAGUGAAAUAGGAGGUGCAGAUGCACAACAGAAGCAUGUUGAAGAGCUCCAAAAAUGGUGGACAUGCAAUGUGCAUUCAAAAGGAUCUCAGUCCCCUAGCUACUGCUACUCCCCCAUAGGGAGUACCAUCUGCCAUGCUUUGAGUCAUCAAAACAUUGCAUACUGUGCACUCCUGAUUAUGAAAGAAGAAGCAACUGUGGAUAUGAAACCCCCUGCUGUUGUUACUCAGGGUGUGAGGCAACAUAUGCAAAACAUAGGUAGUAGCUCUGCUGUUGAUCAAGCAGCAGCUGUGACACAGGGCCCCAGUCCAGUCACUGUUCAAUUCAUGUCACCAUGGCCUGGGGGACACCUUUAUCCUCCAUUUGCCCAUCAGAUGCCCCUUCAAACUCAUACAACUCCAUCACCACAUGUUCAGGCAGCUCAGUCUCUCACACCAACUCCUGCACCUGAUGGUUUUCAUGCACCAUCCCCAAGUUUAUUCACUCCUUCCAUGACAUUGACACCCACCAACUCAGUGACAGAAAUCACCAAGAUUAUCCCCUGGUUCAAUUCCCUUGAACAGCACAUGAAAAAAACCCCAUGUGGUGUCAAGUUUGGAGACUUUGGACCUGAGCUUGAUGCAAGAGGAUUCAUUCAUAUAUCACAACUUUCACGUGACUAUAUGUCAACUCAAGCAUUACAAGACAUGUUGAGGAUUGAGAUGGGAACUACAAUUCUUAUCCUUCAAUGUGUGGAUGCAGACUUACAGGCCAUACACUCUGGGACUUCAGUAGUUUAG